AUGCGCAGCUCCGUCAUUGCGAUAUUGAGCUGCUUCAUCCUGCUGACCACCGUCGCUGCCACCCUGCGCCGCAGCCCGCGACCGAACAACGACGUCACCAUCGCCGCGCCGGCCCAGCCAGCACGCUUACCACCCCAGCGCCUCCUCACCAUGCCCGGUGACGGCAACGACGGCCACCCCGUGCAGCUCGCCGUGCGCCUCAGCGACACGCUGGGCUCCAACCGCGCGCUGUCCACCUUCUCGUCGUUUGCGCGGCGGGACGCGGCCGCCGACGAGCGCCUGGCCAGCGACGUCGCCCGCACCACCGUCCUCGCGCCGCUCAACUCGGCCGUCGAGGCGCUGCCCCGCAAGCCGUGGGAGAAGGAGGGCGACGGCGGGGCCUCCACGUACGAGGGCCCGGACGGCAAGGAUCGCGCGGACGCGAACCUCGACCGCUUCGUGGAGGCGCACAUGGUCACCCGCAGCCCCUGGCCGGCGGGCGAGAGGGCCAAGACGAUGGCGGGCACGGAGGUCUGGUGGGAGGAGCGUGGGGAUGGCAAGCGCGUGGUGAUGCCGGACGAGGUCGAGGUGGACAAGGUGGCGAUCGAGGUGGGCAACGGCCAGCUGUGGAUUAUCAAAGCUGUCUUAAAGUUUGAGUGA